UCGCAUUACGUGAACAAAUAGCGGAGGGGCAGCGAGCGGGGCCAGAACGGCUUGUGUAACUGCAAACUUGUCAGAAAGUUUAAAAUCUCUCCCCUUCUUCCACUCCAGACACUGUGCGCUCUCCGGGACCGACCGUCGUGCGCCGCUGCUCCCCCCCACCCCUGUCGUCUUCCAGGACUGGGAAAGGGGGUGCCACGUCCGACGGCGGCCUGGGCUGGGGGCAGGGUCUGCCGUCCGCCCUUGGCACGACUCACUGCGACCCAUCCCCGCGCCUCGCCCUCCUCCCGGCCCCGAAGAGGUCUCGUUCCUUCGCGGGAUCUGAGCCACGUCCUCCCCGCAGAAAGGACUCGCCCGGAGAGCCAUGCAUUUCGCCUGGACCGUGCUCCUGCUGGGGCCACUGCAGCUCUGUCCGCUUCUCCGCUGCGCCCCGCAGGCCCCGCGUGAGCCCCCCGCCGCCCCGGGCGCCUGGCGCCAGACGAUCCAAUGGGAGAACAAUGGGCAGGUGUUCAGUCUGCUGAGCCUCGGGGCGCAGUACCAGCCGCAGCAGCAGCGGCGACGCGACCCCAGCGCCGCGGCGGCCCCGGGCCCCGACGGCAACGCCGCCCCGCAGCCGCGCACGCCCAUUCUGCUGCUGCGUGACAACCGCACCGCCUCUGCCCGCGCGCGGACACCGAGCCCGUCCGGGGUCGCCCCCGGCCGUCCCCGGCCCGCCGCCCGCCACUGGUUCGAAGCUGGCUUCUCGCCGUCGGGGGCCCGCGAUGGUGGGACCUCCCGGCGCGCAGGGAACCGGACUGCGUCGCCACAGCCCCCGCAGCUCAGUAACCUGAGGCCUCCCAGCCAUGUAGACCGCAUGGUGGGCGACGACGCCUACAACCCCUACAAGUACUCCGACGACAAUCCCUAUUAUAACUACUAUGACACGUAUGAGAGGCCCCGGCCUGGGAGCAGGUACCGACCCGGAUACGGCACCGGUUACUUCCAGUACGGUCUCCCGGACCUGGUGCCGGACCCCUACUACAUCCAGGCAUCUACAUAUGUGCAGAAGAUGUCUAUGUACAAUCUGAGAUGCGCUGCGGAAGAAAACUGCCUGGCUAGCUCAGCAUAUAGGGCAGACGUCCGAGAUUAUGAUCACAGGGUACUGCUACGAUUUCCCCAAAGAGUGAAAAACCAAGGAACGUCUGACUUCUUACCAAGCCGCCCUCGCUAUUCCUGGGAGUGGCACAGUUGUCAUCAACAUUACCACAGCAUGGAUGAAUUCAGCCACUACGACCUGCUUGAUGCCAACACACAGAGGAGAGUGGCUGAAGGCCACAAAGCAAGCUUCUGUCUCGAGGACACAUCCUGUGACUACGGGUACCACAGGCGCUUUGCGUGUACCGCCCACACACAGGGAUUGAGUCCCGGAUGUUAUGAUACCUAUGCUGCAGACAUAGACUGCCAGUGGAUUGAUAUUACAGAUGUACAACCUGGAAACUAUAUUCUAAAGGUCAGUGUAAACCCCAGCUACCUGGUGCCUGAAUCAGACUACAGUAACAAUGUUGUACGCUGUGACAUUCGCUACACAGGACACCAUGCCUAUGCCUCAGGCUGCACAAUUUCACCGUAUUAGAAUGCAAGCCCAAUUCCCAUUGGAUAAAGCAGUGCCUGGUGUUUGGAAAUAUGAAAAACAUAGAUUAGCUGCAGUAGGGAGGACUUACAUAUUUUAAAAGGCAAACAACAAAGGAAGUUUUGUUUGGACUCUUUCACAACAAAUACCAUAACUGGAUUUUGAAUGUUUAAAUCAGCAUUAUUUGGGAAAUUUUAAAUACUUAUUCAUGCUAUAUUGUGAAUUAAUGGUGUCUUAAGUUUGUAGGUACCUACUUGGCUCUUUCAAAGAACCCCAAAUUUCUUGUCUUCUUUUGAAGUUAUAGAGCAAAAAGAAAAAUGGUAUUUUAAUGAAUGAGCCCUAAUUUGAACUGAUUGUUUUCUAAAAUGCAGAAACCAGUAAAACAGCAAUGAUGGGUUUAUAUCUGCCUCAAUAUAGAUUGAUUUAAAAUAAUAUUCCUACUGUGUAAACAGGAGUGGAUACAUUUGGUGCUGGGGAAGGGUCAAAUACAUAACUAUUGUUGUCACGAAAUAUUA